AUGGCGAACAACACAUGCGACAUCGACAAUGGUGUCUUAGAAUCCUUCAAGAAAUUCAGAUUUAGAAAGGCUAAAUCAAAUGCCGCUUUAGUCCUAAAAAUCGACCCAAAACAGCUAAUGAUUGUGGAGGACGAGACACAUGAGAAUGUCACAAUUGACGAUCUGGCAUCAGAACUCCCAGACACGUCCCCACGCUACAUAGUCCUAUCAUACGAGAACAAACACGAUGAUGGACGUGUAUCGUAUCCUCUUGUUGGACUCUUCUAUUGCCCUGAUGGCUCAAGCGACCAAAGUCGCAUGCUAUACGCAUCCGCCAAAUCAUAUGUCUUCCAGAAAGCGGAUAUCUCUGGUAAGAUAUAUGAUUUGAAUGAGGCUGAGGAGUUGACGGAUUCGUGGCUUGCAGAAAGACUGAAAGGGUCUUCGACUAGACCGUGA